GUGAGUCCCUGUUGGUGGUGGACGAGGGCUCCUCAGCAUGUCUGUGUGGGGGGGUCCUGGGGGCUUCAGACCCCGACAGCCCCCGGGACCAGCUGACCUUUCACCUGGAGACCCCGCCUCUGCACGGCUUCCUGGAGAACACGCUGCCAACGCCUGGAUCUGAGAAGAGCAACGCAGGAGUCCGAGUGGAAUCCUUCAGUCUCGUCCAUCUGACUGCUGGCUUCAUCAACUACGUCCAAUCUGAACACAAAGGGGCGGAGCCAACUGUCGACCAACUGUCCAUUAGUGUGAGUGAUGGCUUGCAUCGCUCCGCCCACGUCCCCUUCUACAUCAUCAUCAAUCCGACCAAUGAUGAGACGCCUUCUCUGCUGCUCGCCAACUUCACCGUGAAGGAGGGCGGGAUCAGGGAGCUGACUCCGUCCAUACUGGACGGUUUGGACCUGGACGCCCCUCCGGACCUCCUCAGCUUCACCGUGGUGCAGCCGCCGGUUCACGGGCGCCUGAUCAACGGAAUCUACGGUGCCGAGAUGAGCCGCUACAAAGAGAUGGGGGCCGGCCUCCUGCAGAGGACCCUCCCCGUCACCUCCUUCACCCUGCAGGAGCUGCGACAAGGCAUGAAGAUCAUGUACAUGCACGAUGACACAGAAACCCUGGAGGACGCCGUGGCUCUGCAGCUGACAGAUGGCGUCCACACAGUCCAGGGGACGGCUCAGGUCACUGUGCUGCCGGUCAACGACGAGAAACCACGACUGCUCAAGAAUUCUGGGUUGGAGGUGGACUCUGGCGAGCGUAGGGUGAUUUCAAGUGUAGCUCUGGAGGCCGAGGACAUGGACACGCCCCUGAACCAGGUGUACUUCUACAUCAACGCUGCACCGCGGUUUGGAACACUGCAGCUCAAGACGGGGUCGGGUUGGACCGAGCUGUCGGCCGCUCAGAACUUCACUCAGGACGACGUGGAGCUGAACCGUCUGUGGUACCAACACAACAGCCGCGCCAACGCCGCCGCCUUCAAAGGUCACGACAGCUUCCGCUUCACCCUCAGCGACCUGGAGAACGAGUCUCCUGCUCAGAGCUUCUUCAUCUCCGUCCAAACUGUGCACAAAGGUGACAUCGUGCUACUGAGCAAGGCAGUGCAUCUGAGGGAGGGGCAGCGGGUCGUCCUGAACACCGACAUCCUGCUGGCGUCGGACACGGCGGGUCGUCCAGAGGAGCUUGUUUACACUGUGUCGGUCCCGCCACGCCGCGGCCUCGUCCACGCCGUCCGGCGGCCCGGGGUCCCGCUGACCAGCUUCACGCAGCUGGACGUCGCCGCCCACAGAGUGUGUUACACACACGACAACAGCCACGACGCCGAGUCCGACUCCUUCAGUUUCGUCGUCAGUAACGGCGUCUUGUCGCGCAGCGGCAGCCUCCACUUCACCAUCGAGCACGGUGACCGCAUCCCCCCGACCCUCCUCCACAAUGCCGGCCUCCGGUUGCAGGACGGAGCCACAGAGACCAUCCCCCCCGAGCGGCUGCAGCUCACCGACCCCGACACCCCCGCGGCCAACCUGAGCUACAUCAUCACGCGGCCUCCGCGCUACGGUAAGCUGCUGCUGAGAGGAGCCCCCCUGACCCCCCCGCUGAGGUUCACCCAGAUGGACGUGGACAGGCUGGACCUGGCUUACCGGCACGACCUGGGCAGCCCGGCAGAGAUCGACAGGUUCUACUUCCUGUCGACUGAUGGAACCAACAGAGGAUACCUGGAGUUUGGACAACUGAGAGAAGAGCCUGCUGUGUUCAACAUACAG